UUCUGAAUUAGGAUCAACUCGAUCAAAUCAAUUCGAAAAAAUCAUGCCGUCGGAAAAGGAGGAUGAUGUAAUGAAAAAUGUAACUUUCGCUGAAGGCAAAAAAUUUGGUGACUGGAAAAUCGGCAAAACGAUCGAUGAAGGAGGAUUUGGGAAGGUUUACAUUGCAACAUCAAUCAGCGAUCCAAAGAAAGUGGCUGCUUUGAAAGCCGAAUCAAAUGAAAUCGAAGGAGGAUCUGCAAUCAAAUUGGAGGCAAUGAUCCUAAACAAACUGAAUGCCAAUGGACCCGUUCCCCACAUCCCAGUCGUCCACUUAUGCGCAAAACGGAAGCUCUACUGCUACAUGGUGAUGACGUUGUUGGGGAGAAAUCUACGAAAACUGAAAUCCACAAAUCUCGUAGUCAACAAUGGAUUCUCCCGUGGAACGUGGAGCCGAAUCGGAAUUCAAUGCCUGUAUGCAUUGAAAUAUGUGCAUGACAAUGGAUUUAUUCAUCGAGAUGUGAAGCCACAAAACUUCUUGCUAGGAAAUGAGACGGAUAGUGAAAGAGCAAGAAUUGUUCAUAUCUUGGACUUUGGUCUUGCGAGACCUUUCGCUGUUUUUCAUGCCCGAGAGAAUAAGUGGAUCGCACGUAGAGCUCGUGGAACUGCAGAGUUUCGUGGAACUCUCCGUUACACGUCUCCGAAUGUUCAUCUCCGAAAGGAACAAGGACGGGUUGACGAUGUAUGGUCCCUGCUAUAUGUCAUCAUUGAGCUCAACGGUGGAAAAGCUCUUCCAUGGCAAACCGAUUCUCAACGUGAACGUGUGGAGCAAAUGAAGCUGAACUUGCCGGCGAAGGUUGUCAUGUCAAAUAUGCCAGCCUGUAUGGAUAAAGUGAUGCCUCAUUUGGCCUCUCUCGAUUACUAUCAAAGACCGGAUUAUCACAUGAUCUUCAAAUGUUUCUGGCAAGUGAUGGAGAACGAGAAGAUAACACCGAGUUCAAAGUACGAUUGGGAGAAGGAUGAGCCUGAUAAAUCUGUUCCACCUGCAUCUUGGGAGAAUCCAGCCGGACCCUUCUUCCAAUCCGAUCCUCUUGGAAUCAAUGCCCCACCAACACCAGCUGAAGCGGCUCUUACUGAAAAAAGUGGAAAGAAGCAUGGAAAGAAGUAAACUAUGAUUUUGAAUAAAGAAUUCGAUUAUG